UUCCCGCGAAACACUCCCAAUCUCGCCCCUUUUCCACAAGUUCCUCUUCUUCUUCUUCCUGAAAGAACAAUUCUGUGGCCGCUGCAAACCCUAGGGAGCAAGGGGGCAAAAUCAAUCAUGGCGAUCAAACAUCUUCUCACCCUCGCUCGCACCUCUCACCGGAGGUUCUCCGCCUCCUUUUCUCGGGCUGUGAGAUCGGCGUCAACUUCUCCGGCAGUGGCGUCGUCUUCUCCACCUCCCUCUCCUCCGCCGCCCAAUGCGAUGAUCUACGAUCGCCUCGCGGAGGGGGUGAAAUCGAAGCUCAAACAGCUCGAGAAUCCCGACCCUAGGUUUCUGAAAUACGGGUCGCCUCAUCCGACCAUCACUGACCACACUCGGAUUCUGUCCGCGCCUGAAACCCGCAUCACUACUCUUCCCAAUGGACUCCGGGUUGCAACUGAAUCGAAUCUUGCUGCUCGGACUGCGACGGUUGGAGUGUGGAUCGAUGCCGGCUCGAGGUUUGAGACCGAGGAGACUAAUGGCACUGCUCAUUUCCUUGAACAUAUGAUCUUUAAGGGAACAGAGAGACGGACGGCGAGGCAGCUCGAGGAGGAGAUCGAGAACAUGGGUGGUCAUUUGAAUGCAUACACGUCCAGGGAACAGACUACGUAUUAUGCCAAGGUCUUGGACAAGGAUGUGCCCAAGGCUUUGGAUAUUUUGGCCGACAUUUUGCAGAAUUCCAAGUUUGAAGAGCACCGGAUUAGUCGCGAGCGGGAUGUGAUUUUGAGAGAAAUGGAAGAGGUUGAAGGGCAAACAGAAGAAGUUAUAUUUGACCAUUUGCACGCGACUGCAUUCCAGUAUACUCCUCUUGGUAGAACGAUUCUUGGUCCAGCUCAAAAUAUCAGGACAAUUACCAAGGAUCAUCUUCAAAGCUAUAUUCAAACGCAUUACACUGCACCAAGAAUGGUUAUUGCUGCUUCUGGAGCUGUUAAGCACGAGGAUUUCGUUGAGCAAGUGAAGAAUUUGUUCACAAAGCUGUCAGCGGAACCAACCACAGCUACUCAGCUGGUUGCUAAGGAGCCAGCAAUUUUUACUGGUUCCGAGGUUAGGAUAAUUGAUGACGAUGUUCCUUUGGCACAAUUUGCUAUUGCUUUUAAUGGAGCAUCCUGGACAGAUCCAGAUUCCAUUGCUCUGAUGGUCAUGCAGGCCAUGUUGGGUUCAUGGAAUAAAAGUGCUGGAGGUGGAAAGCAUAUGGGUUCUGAGCUGGCCCAAAGAGUUGCCAUUAAUGAAGUAGCAGAGAGUAUGAUGGCUUUCAACACCAAUUACAAGGACACUGGUCUUUUUGGUGUCUACGCUGUUGCAAAGCCAGACUGCUUGGAUGAUCUGGCCUAUGCAAUAAUGUACGAGACAACCAAGUUAGCAUAUCGGGUUUCAGAAGCUGAUGUUACCCGUGCUCGCAAUCAGUUGAAAUCUUCUCUUUUGCUUCACAUAGAUGGAACAAGUCCUGUAGCAGAAGAUAUCGGUCGUCAGCUGCUUACAUAUGGCCGUAGAAUCCCCUUCGCCGAAUUGUUUGCAAGAAUCGAUGCUGUUGAUUCAAGCACCAUAAAACGUGUUGCGAACCGGUUUAUUUACGAUAGGGAUAUUGCAAUUGCUGCAUUGGGUCCGAUCCAGGGUUUGCCUGACUACAACUGGUUCAGACGCAGGACUUACUGGAACCGAUAUUAGACGACGUGACUUUCAGUAUUCUCGCAAAAUAAAGCUUACGUCCUUUCAGAGAAUAGCGGGCGGAUUAAUUAUUUUUCUUUGCCAUUUGUAAAAGUCAUACAAAGGUAUAAGAAGUUUGUAUCUUCCUUGUUCAUGUGUGAUAUUAACUUUGGCAUUGGAAUUCUCCAAUCUUUGACAUUUACGCUGAAAUUUUUUUGAUCAUUUUUGGUUUUGGUUGCUCAAA